GAAGAAGAAGCCGCUUCCUACUGGCUCGUGACAUGUACGACACCAUCACAUGAUAGGUGUCUCGUGACGUCGUCUUGUAGUUUGUCAGCUGACAGGGAAUUAUUUGUUGUAGUCCAGAGUGGAACAGGUGAAUCAGGAUGGAUAUCCGCGGGGCGGUGGACGCCGCAGUGCCUACUAACAUCAUCGCUGCCAAGGCUGCGGAGGUCAGAGCCAACAAGGUCAACUGGCAGUCAUACCUACAGGGCCAGAUGAUCUCUGCCGAGGACUGUGAGUUCAUUAAGAAGUUUGAAGUGGCUGAUUCUGAGGGGAAACAGACCAUCCUCACCAACCAAGGACAUCAGUGUGCCAGGACGUUCCUGAACCUGAUGGCUCACAUCUCUAAGGAGCAGACUGUCCAGUACAUCCUCACCCUAAUUGAUGAUACCCUGCAGGAGAACCACCAGAGGGUGAACAUCUUCUUUGACUACGCCAAGAAGACAAAGAACACCGCCUGGUCCUACUUUCUUCCCAUGCUCAACCGCCAGGACCUGUUUACCGUCCACAUGGCGGCCAGGAUCAUCGCUAAGCUAUCAGCCUGGGGUCGUGACCUGAUGGAGGGAAGUGACCUCAACUACUACUUCACCUGGAUCAAGACCCAGCUCAGCUCCCAG